AUGAGAGCCCACAGGAGUCCCCUGCUGCUCACCGUCACCUGCAUGUGCUUCUCCGGAGCUCUGCUCUGGUCCUACCAGCAGGAGGACGUCAGUGAAGGAGGGAAGUGCUCAGAAAAUAACAUUUCCACCACAAAGUACCCGUGCGUGAAGUCGACUGGAGAAGUUACCACGUGCUACAGAAAACAGUGUUGCAAGGGCUUCAAGUUUGUGAUGGGCCACUGCAUUCCUGAAGACUAUGAUGUAUGUGCUGAUGCCCCCUGUGAGCAGCAGUGUACUGACCAUUUUGGUCGAGUGGUGUGCACGUGUUACCAAGGGUUCCGUUAUGACCGUGAGCGCCACAGAAACCGUGAGAAGCCGUACUGUCUGGACAUUGAUGAAUGCGCAGAUAAGAACUCCAGUGCAUGCGCUCAGAUCUGCAUCAACACUGCAGGGAGCUUUAGGUGUGAGUGUGAGAAAGGCUAUUUCCUGGAAGAAGAUGGAAAAACAUGCACCAAGGGCGAGAGAGCAGUCCAUCUCUAUGAGAAGUGUGAUAAUUUAAUGAGUGCUGGAACUUGCUCAGCCACAUGUGAAGAUUUCCUCCAGAUCAAGAAGUCAGUCCUGCAGCUAAAGCAGAAGAUGGCCCUGCUGUCAAAUAGUGCGGACAUCCCUGUGCAGAUGACCAAUGAAAAUAUCUUGACAUCACCUGUAUUUUUACCAGGGCCUUCAGGUUCCCCUGGACCUCCAGGAGACACGGGACCUGUAGGUCCCCAAGGACUGAUGGGACCCCCUGGUCCACCUGGUCCCAGAGGUUUUAUGGGGCCCAUUGGACCCACACCAGAUCUGUUCCACAUCAAACGUGGCCCUCGAGGACCUGUGGGAUCUCCAGGAGCACCAGGGAGGAAUGGUCUGAAGGGGGACAGAGGAGCUCCUGGACCUGUUGGACCACCAGGCACCCCAGGCUCCUUUGACUUCCUGCUUCUGCUGAUGGCAGAUAUUCGCAACGACAUAGCUGAACUGCAGAGCAAGGUGUACGGUCAGCCAGUGAACUCCCCAGAGGACAUUCCUUCUGUCCUCGAUAGCUGGAGAGACACGCAGGACAGUGAGGACACAGGCUCAGGAUUUGAAUAUAAAGACCCUCCACCUCGUAGCCGAGGGUCCAGGAGGAGCAGGAAGAGAAAUCCAAUACGAGACAGAAGAAACUGA